CUCCAUACAACGGUCAUCGCACAUUAGUAUCGGCCACGACAUCUAGAACCUAGUCGUCGAUCAAUCCGUCCUACAUUGCCCAGACAACUACAUAUACACUUUACAAUAUGGCCAACCCGCUUGACACAGAUGCCGGCUCGGAGCUUUUUAGUAGCUAUGAGGCUGAGUUCAAACUCCUCCAGGCCGAUCUCAACCAGAAGCUGGACCAGAUAGCAGAGGCCAGCGGAGAGCAACGAAAAUCUGCCAUUAGGCUGACAGAAAGCGUUUUGGAUGAAGCAAAUGAAUUGCUCAACCAAAUGCGCGUCGAGAAGCAGAAUAUUCCUUCAGCAACCCGCUCAAAAGUCAACAUGCGAUUCCGCAACUAUUCCAGCGACCUAGAUGAGACAAAACGCAAACUCAAGUCACUGUCUGACGAUCGCCGAGCGCUCUUCGGUGACCGCUACACCGAUGACCCCGAGGCCGGAGAUGUGCACAUGGAACAGAGGCAGCAAUUACUCUCAGGAACGGAGCGUUUGGAACGUAGCUCUGCUCGUCUACAAGAAAGUCAGCGUCUCGCAUUGGAGACCGAGGAUAUUGGCCGAGGUACUUUAGCCGACUUGCACCAGCAGCGUGAGACGAUCGAGAGGACUCGAGAGAACUUGCAUCGAAGCGAGGGCUAUGUUGAUACAAGUAUCAAGACGUUGCGGGGCAUGGCCCGUAGGAUGGCUACCAACCGGGUGAUUACAGUCGCAAUUAUCACGGUUCUGGUUCUUUUGAUUUUCGCUAUUAUCUACAGCAAGUUUCAUUGAUAAUGUACUAUACUUUUUUCAAGCAGGCGUUUAUUCAGAUGACAUUAAAUGAGUAUUUCAUUAUGCGUUCACUUAGCAAAUCAUCAACCUCCAACCUAUAUGA